GCUCAACUUUCCUGAGUCAGCUAAAGUUUACUAAGUUGCCUCAAGUAGAGCAAAAAAGUCACUUUGAAAAAAGCAUCGUCUGUGUUCAGUUGAACUUUGGUGCUGAGAUGAUCCUAGAACGAGAACCGAUUAGAUCCAAGAAAAAAUUUUCGAAUGGUCUAAUGCUACGAAGAUCUCUCUAUGAAAACGAAGGAUCCAUGACAUUGAAGAUGGAGCUGUCAAACGGUCAUCUACUUUUUAGAUCGUUUUGCAAAGACGAGCAAGACUUUUAGUUUCAAGAUCAAGUAAUACUCUCUAAUCCUUUCUCUCAAAAAAUAAUUUUUCUCAAUUCUUGCUUACUCCUAAAACCAGACAGGAACGGCUAGAAAGAAGCAUCACGCAUCUCGAAACAAGCUUACCUUUUAGAUUCAUGAUCCUCGUCGUGUAGCAAGAAAUAUAAGCUCUCUCUGAGUUUUUAGAAGUACCACAACUGCUAAGCAUUACUCAACAACGUACUACUUAGACAUAGGACUAAGAUCCCCAAGAACUCAAAAAAAUGCCGCAAGGAUUUAAAUGUAAGGCGCAGAAGAACGGCGCCUUUACGGCACGUAAAGCGCAUGCUAACGUGAAGAAGACGAAGAAGUCACGAAAUAGCGAUAAAGAGGUGGCGACGCGAAAGAUCAAUAAGGGCAUCGAGCAUAUUUUGGCACAAGCAGCGAUUGCACCGGGUUCAGGACCCGGCUUGCAGACGAUCAAGUUAGAUACCAGGUACAAUCCCACAUCAAUCAAGGGAAAGAAGCUAAAGGGAUUGCAUGUAGGCGUAGGACAAAACAGAGUGGGCGGGGGAAAAAAGAAGUAAUAAGAAUGAGCAGAUUUUUCAGAUGCACAUGCAGAUGUCUUGGAUAAGGAUCCUCAUUCAACAUACGAGGAUUGCUUUAUGGCAAUGACAGAUUUGAUGCAUGAUUUACGACUAGAUAUGGUGAAAUUUUUAUCGAUCCUUUGAUAGUAUGAAACUAGUGUGGACACAAAAACGUUGGAUGUUGUUCUCGCAGGAGAAGCAAUGUUAUCAUAACUCG